AUCAAAUCUGAUUGUUUCAACCUUCUACUUCUAGUCCCGAGUAGCUGUGAAACCGUUUCUCUAGUACUCAUCAUUAGUGUUCGUUGUUCCCCUCUGAUUAGGUAGUCCUUUCGAAAUAUCAUCCCUCCAGACUACUUCUGAUUCUUUAAAUUAACUCAAACUCGACAAGAUGGCGUCAAUGGCUGCGCCAGCCGAGGAGGCACAAAUUCAAGAUUUUUUGGAAGUCCUCGAAAAACAUCGAACAGAAUGCGAGAGGCUUGGAAAGUAUCCUUUUAUCAAAAACUUCUUUAACCAUACGAUCAUAUUUAAUGGGUUAUUUUAUUAGACCAAAAAAAAUAUAUAUUUUAGACCGGGCGGAAGCACCCUUUUAUCAAAAAAGUACCCUUCCAUCUGGAAGUUGUAACCCUUUGAUUUUAUCAGGAUGUACCCAUGACGAAGAUGGUUAAAAGUUCCUUAUACUCUGAGUGUCGUUCCAGCUUCAUUAGUGGACGAAGAUAUAGUCUUUAUAACUAAACACCGUCUAUCUCCUUCAGUAUCAUACAUUACUGGAAGAUUUGUAUUUGUUCCCAUCCACUGCACAGGUACGAAGAGGCGGAACUCGCCAAGACGCGGCUAGAUCAAUUGCGAAUGCACGAAGAGAACAGGAGAAGGGAAGAGCUUCGAUCGCAACAACUUGCUGAACGUCUUGGUAUCGCUUCGCUUAUCGUUUUGGACGUAGCCGCUGUAGCGUUUGAUGUAGUGCUUGACGUAGUCGUGACGAAACCGAUUCACUGAACGCGAACAAUGACGAAAAAGAUUCACUGAACACGACCAGGAUUUGAUCUUUUCCCUCGAAUACUCAAGAACAUGUAAACCUUCUAGUAGUACAACGGGUUGACAAUGACAACUUACUUUUCAAAUACUUUCAGGCGUCGAAGAAGCGCAUAUGAAAGAGCUACAGGAAUUUAACGAAAUAUGGGACAAGAAAGUCGCUGAUUUCGAGAGUCAUGCAGGUUCUUCAAUCAUGACUUCUCAAUGUGGUUCGUAAGUAGUUUGAUAUGAUCUCUCUGUACAUCAACAACGAACUACGGACCCCUACUUCCAAACCUACUUUGUGUUUAGGGUUGAAACCCUUCAUUUUUACAAGCCUUCUCACUCUACUUAAGAUUGCUACUAGAAAAUGAAAUGUUUCAACCUUUAAUUGUGCAGGGAACUUGCAGAACACUCUCGGCUCGAGACAUAAGCAAGAACACAUGUCCUUCAUGGACAAGGUAAAGAAAGAAACUACGCCACGAACACCAAGAUGGAGUAGGGAGCUUUUGAACCUGAGAAAAAUUCAAGACACCUUGGCAAAACAAAAGAAAUACAGGUACUUUUUCUUUGGAAAUUUUUAAGAAAACAAAUUUAUCUUCCAAGUAGUACUUUUUCUUUGGAAAAAGACAAGUAAGAAGAGAAAUUAAUACAGGUAUAAAUAAUAUCUGUUCAGAGAUGAAUUUUACGAAUUCCAAGCAAGAACGUAAUUUACUUCAUCUUCUCACAUUUGUAUCAUUCUCACCUCAACUUACUCAGCCCAAGGCUCCCUCCCCACCCAACCUCCACACCACCUCCUUACCUCUCCUUCCCCACCCCACCCUCCCACAGCGAAGCCCAGAAAACAAAGCAACAAGCAGACCAGAUCGAGAUAAAGGAGCAUGCGGCAUGGAAAGCAAAGAGGGAUGCGAAGAUAGCAGCUCUUGAAGACCAGUUUUUACGAAAGCAGGCAUUAGAAAUGCAUGGAUUGUUGAAGAGUAAUAAAACUAUUUUUUUCGGUCUUGUGAUGCAUAGAUCAUAAGCAUCUUUUGAGAAUCAAUGAACAACGAUGGCCAGUAGACAUCGAACGUAGAUGAACCUUUUCAGGUCAACAAGUCCCUUCCAUGUUUAGCCAUGAUAACCUUAAAUAACCAUCAAGAAUGUGAUAUCUUUCCUCGUCACAUCAAACAGGAAUCCAGUCAGGACGUGAGGAACAGAAGCAUGCCCGAAAAACCGAGCUCGAACGAUUGUUGCAACGGUAGGAACUACUACCAAAACUAGUAGUAUCUGGAGAUCAUCAGAUGAAAAUCAGUCCUCGACGUAUCGAGAUUGGCCAUCUUAUGCUUUCUUCUACUUUUCCUAUGUUUCUAUCAAUAAUUUGCUUCUACAUGAUUUUCUCGAGUGUGUUUACUACUCUUACUCUUCGACUAGGAAUGUAGUACCCAGUGCAAUGUAGAACUACUGCAUCCAUCCAACACCAGGUACCACAACGUGAAAACGCAAUUAGAAAGUCAGCAGACUAUCAUCCGACAGAGAGCUGAGAAAUUCCCUGCGACCGCUGGUUUUGAGCGCACCUCCACGAUGUCUAGGUAGUUCUUAGCAUCAUGACUUCUUGUGUUUCUAGUAUACUCUUAGUACUACAGCUUUUGCUCUCUAGUAGUUGUUACCGAUGCUUCGUUUUCCACCGAUGAUGUUGUUCUCAAGUUCUAUCACCCUCUAAUAAAUAUUUUUUUAAAGCUUAGAAUCAUCUUUUUAACUUCAUCACAGGCCCGGCACGGCGCGAACAUCUGGUCGCGGAUAAAUUUGCUUUCUAAACGCAAGGCGACUUCAUAAUGUAGUUUGCUUUUUUUUCUUACAGUUCUUUUUCCACCUUAUAACUCUUGCUCUUCGUACUUACCACUAAUUCAAAUUCAGGGAUGGUUUAACAAGACGCUAGAAAAAUGGCGGUGCAAAGUGCAUUUAUAAUUUUCUAACUGGCAAGAAUCAGAAUAGUUUGUGUUUCGGUAUCAAUAGCAGAAUUUUCUCACAUUAUUAACACUUUUACUUGGGGCAACGGCAACUACAUCAGACUUCAGAAAAACAAGAAUAGCAAGUGGAAAACUGCUACCUUCUAGAUAACGGGGAAGUUAUGGCUUGCACCGCAAUCAAUCAUAUUAGGGAACAUCAAGCGGUGUCAGGAUGACAGGAGUCCUACUACCCGUACCCUGUCGCAGUAUUUAUAUUUGAUUUAUACGAUCGCAAAUUUCAGCAUUAUCUGAAGGGGAACAAUACGAACAUCAAGGAUAUCCAUUUCAUGAUCCGGGGCUUGAGUAGUUACAAGUGGUUCUAUUACUUUGAAGGUUGAAGAUUCCUCAUUUCGUUAACGAAGUAGAAACAUUGUAGAAAGAAACUGUACAGUAACGGAGGUAACCGCUAGUCUAUUUCAUCUGGUGCAAAACUAACACUCUUAUCUACCAAUAGCAAGUCGUGCAAGGUGUCUCGUGUCUCCUCUGAUGUGGGUGUUCAUCUCAGUCUGUGUGUAUGCCUCAGUCUUUUUCAACUGGCUUAGCCUUACGGUUUUCUUUACGAUUCGGCCACUACUUAAAUCUAUCUCUUUCAGUUCUUAGAUCCUCGUCUCGUCUGGCAAAGAUCUCCGAGAAAAAGUACUCAUAAUCUUACUCUGGUAUCUUCUCAAAAAUCCUAAAAGAACCAUGAUCUUGUCCUAUCUAGCACCCUCGCCCUAGAAGUGACAAACAAACUAACACGAGAAUACGCGUUGCCAGGGUGGGGAAAGGCGAUAGGUUCAAGGUCAACACGAAGGAGAGGACGCAAGAUGAAUGUGCGUAAAGUCAAUAAUCUUGUUGUUUGGAGCUUGAUACUUGUUGUAUUUGAAUGUUGUUGAUAUCAUUGAAACGAUCAAAUUGUUGAAAUUCGCUAAGAUUGCGUUACUGGGAAUGAAUCAUGUAUUUAUUUGCGGCUCAAGUACAAAUAGUUCAAACCACGACCCGCCGCAAGGGGAACUACAAAAAUUUCGUCUUCGUCGAGCACUGAUCUCUAAUUUGCG